GUUCAAAUUGUUAAAUUUUUUAAAGAAUAUGGAGGAAAAGGAUAUUUUGUUGGAAGUCUAUCCGGAAAAGCAAGUCUCUAUUGAUAUGAGUGAUGGUCUUCUUAAAGAGAUUUACAUUUUAUGUUACGGAAAUUAAAAAUAAAAUCGAAAUGAAAUCAGUGUUUUUCUGAAAAGUAAACUCCCAUAAAAAAACUGAUUAAAUUAACAACCUAAAGUGCCUUUGUCGAGAUAAAUAAUGGUAUUAAUCAUUGUUAAGUGUGUAUAUCGAAGAUAAGGCAUCAAAUUAAUGAUAAAUGGUGUAAAUCAGUAGAAAUUAUCGAGACAAAUGAUGAUCCCAGAAAUAAAAGGUUACUUAAACUAAGCUAAAUGAAUUCUAAAACUUAUAUUUUGAAAUACCUUUCAGACGAGGCAAAUUAUUAUUGCGACCUAUGCAGUAUAUUGAUAAACAUUCACGAUAAGGAAAACCAUCUGAAUGGCAACAAACACAAAUACAAACUUCGGAAAAAAGAGUCCAGUAGAAUCCAGUAAUAGAAGCGCAGAAUUUGAAUGCAAAACUUGCGAAACGAAAUUUACCAACGAUGAAUUUUACAAAAUUCAUAUGGGAAGUAAAACGCAUAGGAGGAAUUGUCGGAAAAAGGGAAUUAAGUUUAAUGUAGGGCGUAAAAGGGAUUUUGGUUACGGAGUAAAGGACGAUGGCGAUGGCCACUUUAAACCAACUCCAAGACGAGCUCCAUUGCAAAAAACUUUUAGCCUUGAACAUUAUGCAGAACCUACAUAUUACAAAAGCGUUAAGGAGAAAUACCGUUCGACUGAUAUCAAAAAUCACGAAGAAAAAUUACAAGUUUAUGUAAAUUCUUUGUUGGCCUAUUGGGGAGUGGCUCUGGCAACCAAUCCCAACGUUGAAGAUUUCAAAUUCAGCGUCGAUAACAAAGAUUGGGGCAAAUUUGGUGACGUAGUUCUGGAAAUUAACUACGUUACGACCCCUGGCGAAAAACCUAUCAAAAACAUUUACGCUAUCAGCCUGAAGUACAUAUCAAACAACGCUAAACAAAUCGAUGACAUAAACAAAGGGAAAUUUAACUUCUCCAAGUUGAUUGCGGAGACGCUUGGAUUUGAAUCACCUAAAAGCAACGAAAUAAUUAAAUACGUCAUUUUCACCACUGCAGAACCUUCUCCUAAUUUCCAGCCUAAGCUUCGCCUAAAAGUAGACGCUUUUCAUCAGAAAAACAGCCAUUCUGACUGCAACGCAGACUAUAUUGACAUAUCCGGUAGAAGCCUGCAUAAAAACGAUAUUAUCAAUACAGUUGACGAAAAGGAAAAUGCUUUUUUAUUAUUUUCGACUGAUAAAACUCACCCGCUACCAAAAGUUUAUUUGUAUGCUGGUCAAAAGAAAGUCAAGCGCUUUGGAAUGGACAUAGACGAGAAAAUAUCAAAGCUGUUUGUCCACAAUCACAUCGAAAUUCAUCAAGCUAUCAUCGAUUUUAUAACAGACUGGAAUGACGAUCUCCUCGGUGGUUCCUACAAAAUGAACAAAGAAGACAUUUUGGUUAAAUUGGGAGAUCUACUCUUGACACCUUUUGCCACAAAAGCCGAAGUGAUGAUGGAUUAUCAUCAGAAUUUUAACGCUUGGAACCUGGCGGUCAACUCGGUUGACGUUACUAUCCUUCGACCACAUCCCUUUAUCUUACACAACGUUUGUAGACCAAUUAAUUUAAAAUUAGAACAACUUUACCAACUCAAAAUCGAUCCUAAUCCAAAAGAAGUAAGGGUACCUGACGACAAGUUGCUGGACCUUGAUAAAGCCUUAGCUAUGUAUUUGUUUGAGGAAACGAUUGGUAUAGACUUUGAACACGUGCCUUUAGACGUAGUAUACAGGGCGUUUUGGAAAGCUGGCCUUAUACCCCUUAUUCUCCACGCUGAGCAAAACGACGACCAAGAGUUUAUAAUGCAAGUUAUUACGGUACUAAAAGGCCUAGGACUAACACGUAAAUACAUGCUAAAAAUGCCAGAUGCGAAUAUAGAGAAUCUUACAAAAACUUAUAAAUAUCUUACCUGUUUCGUAAACUUGGACGAUGUCAUUCAAAAAUUUCCCAAAGGUCUUCUGAGUGAGUUAAAAAUAGGGAUAUCAGAGGAGUAUUCUUUAGACUUGUCUGUUAUACAAGAAAACGAUAAAUAUUUCUCUAAAAAAAUCACACCCAAUGAAUAUUUUGAUCUAACUUUAGGCAAAUAUUCUUUUAAAGAAUGUUUUGAUGUACAAUCUGAAAAAGAACCAGAAUGGAAACUUGUUUUAAAUGAUGAACUGAUAGAACACCUGAAACAGCAAAUUGGACUUCAGGAAGAUUAUUUUCAUGAAAGGGAAAAUGGCUGGAUCCGUGGUAUUAAUCCGGAAUUACUUUGAAAGGUUAAAGUUAAUAAAAAAGCAAUAUUUAUAUUCAACGUUUAUAAAAUUAUAACUGCCUUUUUUGUCAGUCUUACAGGUAUAUGUAAACACAGCACAAGUAUUAAAAAAACAUCAACUUACAUAAAAUGAACAAGGAUAUAUAAAGUAUUUUAUAAGUACUUGUAAUAGUUAUAGUCUAGAAAUUUUUUUUUCUUACUAAGAAAAUAAACUUUGGUAAAAUUGGGAGAUCUACUCUUGACACCUUUUGCCACAAAAGCCGAAGUGAUGAUGGAUUAUCAUCAGAAUUUUAACGUUUGGAACCUAGCGGUCAACUCGGUUGACGUUACUAUUCUUCGACCACAUCCCUUUAUCUUACACAACGUUUGUAGACCAAUUAAUUUAAAAUUAGAACAACUUUACCAACUCAAAAUCGAUCCUAAUCCAAAAGAAGUAAGGGUACCUGACGAUAAGUUGCUGGACCUUGAUAAAGCCUUAGCUAUGUAUUUGUUUGAGGAAACGAUUGGUAUAGACUUUGAACACGUGCCUUUAGACGUAAUAUACAGGGCGUUUUGGAAAGCUGGCCUUAUACCCCUUAUUCUCCACGCUGAGCAAAACGACGACCAAGAGUUUAUACUGCAAGUUAUUACGGUACUAAAAGGCCUAGGACUAACACGUAAAUAUAUGCUAAAAAUGCCAGAUGCGAAUAUAGAGAAUCUUACAAAAACUUAUAAAUCUUACCUGUUUCGUUAACUUGGACGAC